CCGCCGACAAGUCGUUCUGGCGCGCCUUCACCUCCGCAUGCCCCACGAUGCGCGUCUGCGCUUGUGCAACCCGUUCGAACAGUUCCAAGUCCGCUUGACUCACCAAACGAUGCUGCUCCUCGUCGCCUUAUCACCGCGAUGCUACACCAAUGUUCACUAAUUUCUUCAACGGCAUACGAGCCGCUGCCGGAAGCUCUUUCGGAAGCACGAACGAAGACACAAACGAUGCCGUCGCCGAAUCGCCGUCGGGUACUAACUUGCCUCCAAAUCCCUACUCUAGGGACUCACCACCCGCACCAGAAACCUCGCGCAUUAUCGUAGACCUCUCCUCGCCCACGAACCGUCCGAGUCGACCCGCCCACAAAGAGUCACAUCUGGAGAAGCAUCGUUCGCGGUUGCAGAAGUCGGAAAAGAGCGAGGACGAGAAGCGCUUAGUCGGAGAUUACACCAAACCAGCGGAUGCGGUCGAUCUCCCGGAUCCAAGGUCAUAUUUGCCGCUGACGAAACGCACCAUGACUUCAAAGCCUGGUUCAAAUAGCGGUUUUAGACCUUUAGAUACUAUGAACACUGGACCCAACGUACCGAGCCGAAAGCCAACAACAUAUGGAAAGAAAGACCGCCCACCUCCACCAUUGAUAGGCCAGGUGCAUGGCGCAGGACAGCUUGCGUACCUUCAGCAUAGAGAAGAAAGAGUAUCGGCUACACCAUCUCGUCGCUUGUCUUCACGAGAUGGCCAUGAAUCGCUAUCGGGUGGAGCUACACCGGGAAAACGACGAAAGAUCAACCAUGUCAUAACACUAGAUGACGAUGAUGACGAUGAGGUGUUGGAGGUAUCUCAUCCCGUACAUACCACAAAUUUGGGCACGUUAGAGGACCAGAUGCGUCCAGUCAGAUCUGAGCAACCACGGAUGAGCAUUGGAAGUGGAAGCACUAUCAGCGACUUUAGGCCGCUCCAAUCGAAAAGCGAAUUCCGAGAAGUCGACAGUUUUCUUAAAUCUUCUCAGAGGAAGCCAAGGAACUUGAGUUCUAAUGCACCUAAAGGUGACUUGCGACACUCCCCUUUCGGUGGUGGUGCUCUGUCAAAUAGCCCUGGCGCACGUGCUAAUCGGCAGGUUAUCUUGCAAGAUUUUCAACAGGGCGAGACGAAGCAAAGCCCCACGAGACGUGCUAGCUCUGAGCAUAAACUUGGCCCAGUCACAUCUCGUUUCUUUCCUAACGCUCGUAUCAAUGAAUCAACGUCAGAACAGAUGGAGCAGCAGCCUGCAAACGUCGAGAGCGCAUACCUUCGCACACAGCAUAGAUCGGCACCAAAGCGAGCCAAAACAGCUACCGAUAGCUAUAGCGCAGAUGAGCUUGCCAUUACUCCCCCAAAGCCAGGAUCGAAAUCGCCUUUCAAGCAAAAGCAAAAGCAAACCGGAAACAGUAGAGUCAAAACAGACGCUAGCGGAAAGGUCAUAGAAGAGUCGUGGCCACUACUGUUUGCAAGGUCGUCCGACUUUGAGGGUAAGGGAUCAAGAUCUGAGGACGGCCAUGCUACGUUGGUCUUGAAGAGCAAAAAGGACGAAGGCCUACGUGUGCAAACAUGGGAGCCGGUCGACGGCUGCUAUGAAACGUACAUCAUCAUACUAUCCAAGGACAUCAACAAGGUGCUUGCAGACGAUACCAGCCGCGUCCGAUUACAGGGGCCUCGGAGACACGACGGGAACUCUGGCAUCUUUGACCUGGAGUUUGCUAGUACUCCUGGUUUUUCCCACUUCCUUAAUGACUAUGCACGUUCAAUGACACUGACUAGGACGUACUUGGUAAAGACAGAUGAUUAUAUGGUCGAACUAUUCAAAAGACCUCUGCAGCCGAAGAAUGACAAGAUUGGCACGUCCGCGAUGGUAGAAGACCCUACGGAGCAAUCGAAAACGCUCAAUCGAAAAGGCAAUGACACGUCAAACACACCGUUAUUGGAUCAACUGAAGCGCGCUGCAGACGGAACUGCAGCUAGUGCUACGUCCGACGUGAGUACCGCAAGGAUGGGAUCGACUCGAACAUCACGCGCAAGAAGAUUAGCCCCUAUUCACUAUGUCGAUGAUGUGCCUACACGUUCGGACGUACCCAAAUAUUCGGUCGAGACAGGACUUGGGCAACCGUGGACUAGAUCUCUUGAAUUUGGUGAAGGUCGCCAGCGUGCGAUAGUACACUUCGAUGAUCUGCCCCGUCUGGACGAAGAGGAAUACAUGAAUGACAGUUUGAUCGACUUCUACAUGAUCUACCUCUUCAAGCAGCUCAACGUCCCUGCUGAUAAAGUUUAUUUCUUCAAUACCUACUUUUUUACCAAGCUGACGGAGAACUCGGGUCGAAAAUCGAUUGAUUACAAGGCUGUUGAAAGGUGGACGUCUAAGACCGAUAUCUUUAGCUACGAUUACAUUGUUGUGCCUAUCAAUGAAAACCAAUCACAUUGGUACCUGGCAAUCAUCUGUAACGUGUCGAAAAUUGAGCGCAAGCCGAUAGUCCAAGAUUUCGAUGCAUCUCAGGCAAAUGAACCACAGGAAUCGAACGUCUCAACCUCAACCACCAAACCUGAAGCGGUUACGACUCAGAAAAUAGCAUUGUCUCCGGACCCACCUGUUGUCAUUCCGGAAACGCAAGCUGAGCCGAGCGACGAGGAGCCAAACCUUUUUGACGAGGCGGUGCUAUCCCUCGUCGAUCGCGAAGAUACUGGAAUCGAAGCGUCUGAUACAUUCGAGGUUACCCAAGCAGGGUUAGCACGUCAAAAUCCAGGAGCUGGGCCUUCGACUGUACGGCCAGUCGAUGCAGUUGCAAAAGAUGCUCACCAAGGAAUAUUGUCGCAUCUACAGUUGGCGACGCCACCCACAAAGGCCAAGGUCAAACGCAAAUCCGUACCCAAAAGAGAUCCCGAUCAGCCUGUCGUCAUAGUCUUGGACUCCCUCACUGGAAAUUCUAGAUCCGGAGCAGUCCGCGCCCUCAAAGACUGGAUAAUAGCAGAGGGUGAUCACAAGCGUGGAAUGAAAGCCGUCAUCAAGGAAAAUGGCUAUUAUCCAAAGGACACGCAGAUUCCAAUGCAGGACAACUGGACUGACUGCGGUGUCUAUCUCCUUGGCUAUGUUGAGAAAUUCUUCCAAAAUCCCGAUGAUUUCAAGAACAAGCUGCUGACGGGAUCGAUGUCAGCUCGGGAAGAUUGGCCAGAGCUUAAGCCGUCCGAGAUGCGGCAUAAGAUGCGUCAAAUUAUAUUUGAUUGUUACAAAAAGCAGGAGGAAGAUAGGAAAGCACAGAAGAAAGCCAAGAAGGGUUCUGCAACUUCGAAAAAGUCACCGGCUCCGACGACACAAGAAUCGGGGGAUCAGAGCCGACCCAACCCUGAAGAGUCACAGAAAGAAGAGUCAAAGCUUGAACAAUCACCUCACAACAGGAAUGUGCAGCCUGCAUCGUUAGAGGUCCACUCGCCCGUCCGUCUUCCACCUAGACUUGGGUCACCGUUUAGCCUCGACACAAAGCGGACGGCUUCCACUCCACAGUCCCCACAGACAAUUAUCAGCAAGGUUUCUGACUCACCGCCAAUUUCCACGUCUCCUGCGAAGCCAACUAUGAUCACUUCACGUCCAGAAGAAACACCAAAGCGCCACCCUGAAGUGCGUAUUCCUAGCAGAACCCCGAAAUCGCAUGGGUCCAUGCGCAAUGGUCAGACUACUUCAAACGGAUCACCGCGUCCAGUCAAAGUACUGCAUCAGACUGGCGGUGCACUCGAUACAUCGAGCCCAAAAAAACGUCGGAGACAGGUUGACGACAAGAAUCAAGUCGAAUCGCCGACUGCGAAGCGGCAGUUCACUAGGUCGCCCUGGCGAGUUCGCGAUGGUGAUGCGACAAGCGAGCGAUCAACUCCACGCAGCCGGGAAGGUAGUGUUCCCCAUGCGCCAAUUCAAAUCGACGACUCCCAAGAGGUCGAGGUCGUAAGCGCCACCCAUCGCCAGCAUGUACAAGCAACCUCGAUUGCUCAGCGCAAACUCUCAUCGCAUCAUCCACGCUCGAAACAGACGCUUCACCCAUCACCGUCCUUGGAAGAAAUUUCGCGUUCGUCGUUCAACAGCGAACAUCCGAAACAUGGUCAACGCGAAGGACGUCCUGUUGAUAGUGCGCUCAGAACACAGAUGGACGAAGACGACCAUCCCAGAAAGAAGGUCCAGCGUUCAACAGCUCCUGCUCCUGGCGAAGGGAAUGAUCCGUUGGAACGCAGAGACGAAGAGGGAUCUGACUCAAUAGAACGAAUCUCACAGUCGACCAAUCAGUUGCAACUUGACGGAAUCAACGACGGAUCCGUUGUAAGAGAAACCCCGGAGCCUGAUGAAAAGGGUCCGGUUGCGCAGAAUGGAGGGUCGAGACAAGAUCCUCUCCUUCUUUAGUUUUUCUUCUUUUUUGGGACAAAGCAUGUCUUGCAUAUAUCUUGCGAUGGUGAUUGCGAAUUUUUAUUCGGAAAAUACAGACCCAUCUUGGAAUGGUGAAGGCGUUAUAUAUCAAGGAUUAGCGAAGGACAGCAUGUCGCGAGUUAGGUGCAACUGUGGCAGCGCGCCCGAUAUCACAGCACAACUAUGUUAUCGUGCAAUAUUUAUAC